AUGUACCUGAUGUACCUCGUAGGCCCGCUGCAGCAUGUCACGGCCCAGCACGGCCCAGUUUCGCCCACCUCUUGCGUCGACCUGGACCCUGAGAACCCUUGA